UGCAGCACUGGGUCUACAAACACCUGAGUAACUAAAAAAAGUCCAUUAUCAUUGUCAAUGAGAAAACACCAAUUCCCAGUGUGCAUUGCGCGCUUGUUCACGUCCUCCGCUGCGGUCGUGCUCACCGAAGGCUCGCUGGGAACUCGAGUCUCGUCUCGUCUCCUUCUCCCAUUUUUUCCCCCCACAGGUUUCGCGAGAUUUUACAUAGGCAGGCGGGCUGGUGUGUGGCAGCAUUUCUCUGCCCAGACGAAACUGAACAAUACUGAUAUGAAAUCUGCAUAAAGCCUUUGACUUUCUGGAGGCAUGUCCAAGAAAAGGGGCAGAAAGCGAAGUAGCGGGGAGCUGAGUGACACAUUGACCCCGGAUCCCAACACUAUUCUGGGAAUCCGCAUUCAGCAUAACUGGCGUGAGAAGGGCAACCAGAGCAAAUGGAAGGGAACGGUGCUCGACAGGCUGAGUGUGAACCCUUCUCUAUUCAUGGUGAAGUAUGACGGCUUCGACUGCGUCUAUGGCAUCGAGCUGUUCAAGGACGAGAGAGUGUCGAACCUGCAGGUCCUGUCGGAAAAAGUUGUAAACAACAAGAUCAAGAUCCCUCCAGGGGCGGAGGAGCUGGUGGGCAAAGCUGUGGAGCAUCUGUUUGAAAAGGAGGAUGGAGAGAAGAACGAGUGGAGAGGCAUGGUCCUCUCCAGAGCUCCCAUCAUGACCAACUGGUACUAUAUCACUUAUGAAAAGGACCCCGUACUUUAUAUGUACCAGCUGUGGGACGACUACGCUGACGGAGACCUCAGGAUUCUGCCUGAAGCAGAAAACAAACACCUGUUGCCUGCAGACAGGAAGCCAGGUGAGGAGACGGAGAGUCUGGUGGGGAAACAGGUGGAGUAUGUUACUGACAAGGGCGUGAAGAGAACCGGCCUGGUCAUCUACCAGGUCCCAGCCAAGCCCUCCGUCUACUACAUCAAAUACGAUGAUGACUUUCAUAUCCAUGUCUAUGACCUGGUGAAAACCACCUAGAGAUAGUGGACACUUCAACCUCCCUCUCCAGCCUCCCUCCAUCUGCUUCUGUUCCACUCAUCAUCGUUAUAAUCUGUUAUCCAAAGCCAUGGCACGGUUGAUAAGUUAGUAUGCUUUAUUGUUCAGAAGAAAGUGCAAUCUGUUUUUCAUAUGCACAGCAGAACUGUAGCAUCGCUAUGCUUGGCUAUAUUUCGAGGAGAUGGGAGUCAACUUGUUUUAUUGUUGCUGCUCUACUUUAUACUUUAAGUUUGGACGGUACAAGUUUGCACUGCCCAUCAGCUGCAGUUGUAUUGUUGUCGCUGACUCUUAAUUAAAUCCCAGUUUGACUAAAAAAAGCUGCUCAAAAUAUUCUUUUUAAGAUGCUUUUCUUUGGAUCAUCUAACUAGCUAAUAAGCAUGAUAUACACAUUAUGUUUGGGAUAGAUACCUUCCACUGAGGCAUUUAUUGAAUUAAACGUGCAGAUACAUUUGUGUAUUGUAUUUAUCUUUAGUGUUAGUACUGGAAGGAAUGAAUGCAAAAGAUUGUAAAAUCACCUGAAUGGGGCCCUUAUAUUUAUUUUUAGAUGGAUUAUGUGGAAAUAUACUCCUGCACCUUUGCACCAUAUUUAGCAUUGUAUCAGAUCAUUUGCACUGGUGAUGAAGACGCAGUUUGCUAAAUUCUCAUUUAAAUUUGAUCCCACACAAAUCAUAAAGUGCCUUCCGGCUUGUCAUUCUGCAAUAUUGUACAUACUGUAUCUCCGACUAUCUACGCUCUUAUCGAAGGCUGCUAUUUGGUUUUCAUUCAGAAGUGGCGACGCUGACAGCUUGAGGAAAGUUUCGCAACCAUCUAGUUUAUAUUAGUGCCGUGUUUUGCUCUCAAUGCAGUAUGUUCUUUAAAUAUUUCACACAUCAUCAUCGGUUGCUCACUGUUGAUCUUUUGGGGAGCACUUUAUUGUAUAAAGUUUACAUGUUUAGGUUAUGGUACGCUAUAUAGUUUCCCCCAAAAAUGCUUUUUCCUUCAGAGCAAAUGUGGCAGAAUAAAUGCUUCAUAUCACACGCAUGAAGAAAAAAAACCUUGUUGCAAUACAUUCAGACGACAGUAUUUAAUAUGUACAACUUGUGUAAAAUGCCUUGUAAUGUUGCCUGUUGUGAUUAAUCUCAUUUAUACGAAUAUCUCGUCAAAGCACCACCAGCUUUUAGUGAAAGGGUUGUUUAUUUACAUGGAUUAUAAGCUUAAUAUUUAACAGGUAUAAUCAACUGACGAACCAGUUUGUUGACAGUAACUAAAUAACUGGUUCUACUCUAUAACUUUGUCUCUUUGUCUUGCAAACAUGACAUGUAUGCUUGCAGUACUGGUUUCCUCCCAACUUUGUCACUAGUUGCUGAAUUGGUCUUCAAGUCAUUCAGUGUAUCCCUCAGUAAACUAGUCGAUCAGUAGGUAUACUGUUAUUUUUAGCUGUCAAAACUCUGCAUGCAUAAUCUGAACAGAGUGUCUGGAGAUAUUCAAACCUUAUUUUGACAGUAGAGACGUGACUGUGUGGCAGAAUCGGUACGGUCUGUUUAACCCACAUUAAAAAAAAAAAAAGAAACAAAAAAGAGGUUAACACUGUACAUCACCGCUAGUGGUGCUGUGUAGUGUUUCUGUGUUGUGUAGAGUGGAGUUACAAAUGACUGUGCGAGCGCUCUUCUUCAUGCUUUAAAAAUCACUUCCUGUUCUGAAGUUGUAGCAGCAUCAACAGGCAGUUUGUGUCGUUAUUAUUCUGUCAUGAGUAAUAAAGAUUUUUGCACAUU